UCGGAGAAGGGGAAGGCGGCGAGGAGGAAGAUGGUGGUCCGGCUCCGGCUCGCGCGGUUCGGCUGCCGGAACCGGCCCUUCUACCGGGUCAUGGCCGCCGACAGCCGCUCCCCACGCGACGGCAAGCACCUCGAGGUCCUCGGCUACUACAACCCGCUCCCAGGGAAGGAUGGUGGCAAGAGGAUGGGGCUGAAAUUCGACCGGGUCAAGUACUGGCUGUCUGUUGGGGCACAGCCAUCAGAUCCCGUGCAGCGUAUCCUCUUCCGCGCUGGAGUUCUUCCUCCUCCUGCGUUGCUAGCUAUGAGCCAGAAGGGUGGACCUCGUGAUAGAAACCUCAUUCACCCGAUGACUGGGCGUCCCUUGGACCUUGAAGGUGUCACAGUUGUUGAUGAUCCCAGUGCUACCAAAGGUGAUGCUGAAGAACCUACGCUGGAUGCGUGAUAAUUUUCUGCUCUUGCAUAUGGCAUGGUGUUGCGGGACGAAAGAACUUGUUUCGUGUUCUUGUGAUAAAAUGAUGAGUAGAUACUAGGUAGUGUACAAUGUGGCAACAGUUCAGUCAUGUAACUCCUUGUUUGCAUUUUUGGAAAUGCUACACCAUGAGUUAACUGUCUCCUAUCUACUACGUUGUCUCGUAAUUCUGAUUUUUUUAAAUGGACUAUGAAAGGCAUCCUUCAAUGAGUUUCUCUGAGUUC